GGAGAGACUUCCAGUGCCGUGUGCCUUAUAGCUCUCUACCCUAUUUAGCGAGACGACCGAAGUCAGUCGUGCUCGAGACGCGCGCGCCUUGCUGCUCCGAUGUCGAUCAUGUCUCAUGUGUGUUGUUUGUCCUCGCGCGGUCUCGUUGUCAUGCGUGCUUGAACCUUCGUAUAUCGUCAGGCGCUCUCUACUCCGUUCUGACUUUUAAUAUAUAUAUAGAUAGAUAUUAUACAUAUAACGUAUGUUGUGCGUACUGUUGUGUAUACACAAACUGGCAUAGUCAAGAGGACACAAACAUCGAGUACAGAGUCGUACAAGCAGCAGACGACCAUGGCAGAGCCAGCUAGGAUACCGGCUAAUGUGUCCCAGCAGUAUCUCAUGGACAACGAUGCCAACCAGAUGGCCAAUUCGACCACCAGUUCGUCUCUCGAUACAUCCGUCAAUAGCUAUGCGUCCCAGUCCAAUGGCAAGGAUAAACUUCGGCCGAGUGCGGCCGAUAACACUGAUGGAUCCUCCUUGAAAUCUGUCAAAACCAGCGAGUGGGUAGCCGUGUUUGUGCUCUGCUUUGUUAAUCUCAUCAAUUACAUGGAUAGAUUUACCAUAGCUGGUGUUCUUAGAUCUAUUCAAAGUGAUUUAAAAAUAGAUAAUAGUAAAUCUGGUUUACUUCAAACAGCAUUUAUUAUUAGUUAUAUGGUUUUUGCUCCAUUAUUUGGCUAUCUUGGUGAUCGAUAUAAUAGAAAAAUACUUAUGGCAGCAGGUGUAUUUUUAUGGUGCUUAACUACAUUUGUUGGCUCAUUUAUGGAGUCUUAUGGAUGGUUCCUAUUUUUCCGAGCACUCGUUGGGAUUGGAGAAGCAAGUUAUUCGACAAUUGCUCCAACAAUAAUUAGUGAUCUUUUCAUCAAAGAUGUGCGUUCGAAAAUGCUGGCAUUAUUUUAUUUUGCCAUUCCUGUUGGAAGCGGUUUAGGUUAUAUAACUGGUGGAGAAACUGCAAGAAUCACUGGUCAGUGGCAGUAUGGUUUGAGAAUUACACCAGUUUUAGGCAUUUUUGCCAUCAUAUUCAUUUUGACUCUAGUACGCGAUCCCAUUAGAGGUGAAAGAGAAGGAGGAUCUCAUAUGUCUGAAUCUAAUUGGUCCAUUGAUAUCAAAGCUUUGAUGAUAAACCGAAGUUUUAUGCUUUCCACGGCUGGCUUUACUUGUGUAUCGUUCGUGACCGGUGCUCUUGCAUUCUGGGGACCUGUAUUUAUUCAAAAUGGGCUAAAAUUGCAUGGUGACCAAAAUGACGUUUCUCUAGACGAAGUGUCUUAUAAAUUUGGCGUCACUGCGAUGAUCGCCGGCUUACUUGGAGUACCGUUUGGCUCGUUAUUAGCACAAAAGCUUAGAAUUCGUUGGCAGCAAGCUGAUCCACUUAUUUGCGCCGCCGGCCUGCUCAUUAGCGCUCCGCUCAUAUUUUUCGGUGCAAUUUUUGCUCGCUCCAACACCAUAGCUUGCUAUACAUUUAUAUUUUUCGGACAAUUAGCUCUCAAUCUCAAUUGGUCGAUCGUCGCCGACAUGCUGUUGUACGUUGUUCUGCCCACGCGAAGAUCGACCGCCGAGGCGUUUCAAAUUCUAUUUGCCCACGCUUUCGGUGACGCUGGUAGUCCUUAUUUGAUAGGUGUUAUUUCCGAUGCUUUGAAACACGCACUGCUGCCCACUCUGACAGCUGGUAUGACCAUAGCUUCCAAUUCUUCGACAACUGUUACGCCUACCGAUUCAGACGAAGAUCCAGAAGCGGCGUUCCGAAGUUUGCAAUACGCACUUUUUCUCACAAUUUUCGUCGAAGUUCUGGGUAGUUUAUUCUUUUUCCUCACUGCUCUAUAUAUUAAGAAAGACAAAGAUCGAGUCGAUCUUAUCAUUAAAGAAGCCACGUCAGAAUCUGAAACAUCGUGCGAAAUUGACGAGGAGCGAGGAUCGGGCAAUCGACUCAUUCGACCGGAUUGAGCGUCGGUACCGAGAACAAAUCGGUACGGUAUUACGUUACCUGUACAGUAGUUGCAAAUAAAAAGUAAAUAAUACGCGUUUCAACGGCGGCGACGACGAUGAUAGUUCAUCAAGUCGGCCUUAUUUUCUAGAUGCGCCAAAAAAAAGCUGUUCACUCCGAGUACUGUGGAGAAUAUAGCUUCGACAGUAAUGCAUAAAAUUGCAAAUUUCUACGCCAAUAGUAAUGGACGCAGUAGUUUUGAAAGACUCGUUUUAAACUAUGAAAUUCUUAUAUUUACGCAGACUUUGCUGAAGAAUUUUUACGGUUUAUUAAUACGUAAAAACAAACAAAGUAAAACCGAAGUCGUGUGCAAUUUUAAUAGAGUUCUUCCAUCGUCAUAAAUCGUAAAUACGAUAUAGAUAAUUGAAUCUUAAUUAUUGGUUACAAAUAUCUUAAAAGACUGGCUUGAGAAAGUAUAGCGCAUGUUCGAACGACAAGUUAAGUGUUAGCUUAUCAAUUAUACAAUAAUUAAAAUUACGAGGGGGAAAACGUAUAAAUGUAGAUGCAAGAUUGAAGUGGGUAAUGGACGAAUGAGGGAGUUAAUAGGCAGAUCAUCUUUGCAAAAUCAGUUUCAAAAGAAUCUAAUUUAUUUAUUAAUGAAAAUUUUAUAAUUAUGAAGAUAAUUGUAUUUAUUUUGAUUCAGUGCAUACAUUUGUCUAUUAAUUCUAUAAGUUACAAUGUUGUAGAUAUAUAAAAAUGUAAAUUAUUUGUUUUAUUUAUACAUAGAACAUAAAAAGUCAUAGGUUUAUAAUACUUACAAACUUAAUUGGUUGACUAUUUUCAAAUAGAAUAAAUGCAUAAAUAAAUGCUGUAUACGUACGUAUAUAUUUUUAUAAGAUGAAAAUAAAUCCAAGCUUACAAACAUACGAUUCACAUAAACAUUUUACUGUGUGUAUAAAGUUGAAACGCUUGAUUAUUCGCUGAUUAUUAAUAACUGAUUUGUAAUGAGUUGAUUUUCAACAAUGAAAAGUACGUGUGUUUUUUAAUACAACUUGAAAGAGUAAUUUAUGAUAUGCAUAAGAAUUUAGAAAUUCGACAUUUAUUAUAACAAGGUUAACUUUGAUAACUUUGGAAAUGAAUUAAAAAUUUGCAAAUGUAUUCAGUCAUUUUAUAUAGUAUUAGCUUUUUCAAAUUUAGAAUGACGUAGACAAUAAAUUUUGCAUCUUGAAAAACUUCAAAUUAAAUUUGAACUCUAUUAUCAUCGAAGUGUAAUCUACACUUGAAAAUAUUUUUCCUAAAAGCUGCAUAACCGAGAUCGCAUUUUUUAAUCAAGUUAAUAUUGAAUCAAUCAUUGAACUUGUUACUGCCUCAUAAACAUUUAUUUGUUGCAAAAAAUGUAAAAAUCAGUUUAAUACAUUUUCCGUCGUCUAAAUUGACGGUAUAAGUUCCGAAGUGUGCAUCACAUUAUUAAAUUAUCACGUUUAUCUUUCACGAAAAGUGUAAACACACAGUAAUUUCCUUCUUUCUGCCAAUUACAUGCAUGUAAAUUACUAUAAGUAUGUGAGUAUGUACAAGUGCUUUAAAAAAAAAACAAGAAAAUGAGCUGUAUGAAAGUGUGUGUAUGUGUGUGUGCGGGCAAUGAUACAGUUCAUUGACUGUUGGUUAAUGAGAGUUUCACGAAGAUUUAUGUUUCCUUAAGAAUAUGAUGUUAAUUAGUUACUAAAUACUUUCUCGUCCUCUCAAAAAAAAACUCGAGGCUCAAAGACGAGAAUAAAUGAGUAAAUAAAAUAUCUAGAGUAUUGCAUUAAAGAAAAAGUUUGUAAAUUGUAUCGCUCUAUUAUUUAAUUACGCAUGUUAUGGAUGUAUAAUAUUUAAAAAUUAUAUCUAAAAUUGGUUGCAAGUAUAUAUUAACAAUCGUUUUUAAUGAAUACAUUUCGGCACAAUAUUUAUAUAAAUGGACUUAAAAAUAUUUAUAUAUUAUGGCAAAAUAAAUUUAAUAGACCUUUUCAUAAAA